AUGGCAGACCUACAAACCCAACCCCCAUUCUCCCAAUACUACAUCCUUGCCUACCCAGCCCCGCACGUCCUCCUCGUAACCAUCAACCGCGAAAAGAACCGCAAUGCCCUCAACUACGCCGCCCACUGGGACGCCGAGGCCAUAUUCCGCUGGUUCGAUAAUGAGCCUUCCUUGCGCGUCGCAGUCGUGACGGGCAAGGGAUCUAAAUCUUUUUGCGCGGGACAAGAUCUGAUUGAACAAAACAAUAAUGUUUCCGGGAACAAAUCCGGGAACUUGUCGCAUCCGCCUGGUGGGUUUAUGGGAUUGAGUCGACGGAGGGGGAAGAAGCCUGUUAUUGCGGCUGUGAAUGGGUAUGCGUUGGGUGGUGGGUUUGAGAUAUGUCUCAAUUGUGAUAUAAUCGUCGCGUCGCCAACGGCUACGUUUGGCCUCCCGGAAGCCCAAGUAGGCCUUUACGCUGCAGCCGGGGGUCUGUCACGCCUCACACGCAUCUCGGGCCUGCAAAUCGCGUCCGAAAUAGCAAUGACAAACCGCAGACUCACCGCGGCCGAAGCUCAGCAGUACUUGCUAGUCAACAAAAUUAGCAAAUCCCCCGAGACUCUGAUUGAUGAGGCAGUGGAAAUGGCUACUAAAAUCUCGAGCCUAUCGCCCGACGCAAUCAUUGUGACGAGGCAUGGGAUUCGGGAGGCGUGGGAGACGGGGAAUGUGGAACAGGCUACGAUUCGGACGCAACAGGACUAUGCAGAGAAGUUGUUUGGAGGGGAGAAUUUUGCCAUUGGGGUUAAUGCUUUUGCGAAUAAGACGAAGCCUAAGUGGGUUCCGUCGAAGUUAUAA